AUGCCUUUCCGUCUGUGUGUAGUUCCUGGAUGCAGUCGCUAUCUCUCUGCCUCUGACAGCCACGAGCGCUGUCUCACGUGUCUGGGCCGUAGUCGCGUUGAGGCAGCGUUCUUGGAUGGUUCAUGUUCUCACUGGAGAGGCAGCUUGUUGCCACUGCUCUUCAGCUGCCUGAACCAGCAUCCCAAAUCAACAGGUGCCUCAGCUAGGUGUGCAGCCAUCCAUGGUGGAAGAGAAGACGACAGUUGCAUAAUUGGGAGACUGUGGAGGAGUGUACUUUUCCCUCUGCUAAAACUUGCACCUGCCAAUCACCUGACUCCUGAUCAUUUAAGCUGGGCUUGUGGACGUGCAGUACAUAACAGAUUGGGACAGAAGGAAAAAAGAAGAACAAAGAAGAACAAGGGAGAGCCGAAAACAAAAGGAGAAUUCUUGAUUCACUGUGAGGGGGUCUAUGUCUGGUUGGACCUUAGAGCAGGCCAUGAGUUUGAUGUCCCUGUUGGUGCAGUGGUCAAACUCUGUGACUCUGGACAUAUCCAAGUCCUGGAUGAUGAAGGACAGAUAAUAGCAUCCAACAUGUAAGAGCAUCAUAUUGUUCUCCAGAAAGCAACAAACGUUAAGCCUAUGCACCCAACCUCCAUUCAUGGGGUGGAAGACAUGAUCCGUCUCGGGGACCUGAAUGAGUCUGGAAUCCUCCGAAAUCUCCUGAUACGUUACAAUGACAGGGUUAUUUAUACAUACACAGGAUCAAUCUUGGUGGCUGUGAAUCCAUAUCAGCUUUUGCCCAUCUACACCGCUGAUCAGAUCCACCUCAAUACAAACACAAAGUUUGGAGAGAUGCCUCCACACAUCUUUGGCAUUGCAGAUAACUGCUACUUCAGUAUGCAAAGAAACAACAAAGACCAGUGCUGCAUCAUUAGUGGUGAAUCUGGAGCUGGGAAAACCGAGAGUAUCAAGUUGAUCUUGCAGUUCCUGGCGGUUGUCAGUGGCCAACACAUCUGGACUGAGCAGCAGGAUUUGGAAGCAAACCCUAUUUUAGAAGCAGUCAGUAAUGCCAAGACCAUACACAAUGACAACUCCAGCCGCUUUGGGAAAUACAUUGACAUUCACUUCAGCAAGAGGGGAGCUAUCGAGGGGGCAAAGAUCGAGCAGUACCUGCUGGAGAAAUCCAGAGUUUGCAGACAGGCACCCAAUGAGAGGAACUACCAUAUAUUCUACUGUAUGCUGGCAGGCAUAAAUCCUGAUCAGAAGAAAGGUCUAGGCCUGGCCACAGAUUAUGUUUAUCUUACCAUGGGAAACUGUACUGUGUGUGAGGGAAGGGAGGAUAUGAAGGAGUACUCCAGAAUCCUGUCAGCCAUGAAGGUCUUAAUAUUUAAUGAAACAGAAAACUGAGAGAUCUCCAAACUGCUGGCUGCCAUCCUGCAUAUGGGUAACCUGCACUAUGAGGCUCGAACGCUGAGGAACCUAGAUACCUGUGUGUUGGUUCGCCACUCUGCUGGAGGUGAGGUAAUUGUGCAUGUAUCCUUUGUGCAGGUGGACACUCAGGAUGUCAUAGCAUGCCUGACUACUAGUAUACUAAUCACCAGAGGAGAGAUUGUGUCCACAACCUUCAGCAUGGACCAGGACCUGGAUAUCCAUGAUGCUUUUGUCAAGGGAAUCUAUGGGAGGUUAUUUGUGUGGAUAGUGGAUAAAGUCAAUGCUGCCAUCUAUAGGGCUCCUUCCACAGAAAACAAGGCUGUUCGUAGAUCUAUUGGCCUUCUUGACAUCAUCAGCUUUGAGAAUUUCACUAUGAACAGUUUUGAGCAGCUGUGCAUCAACUUUCAACACAUCGAGUUCACCAACAACCAGGAUGCCUUGGACAUGAUUGCAAUCAAACCUUUAAAUAUCAUUUCCCUGAUUGAUGAGUAGAGCAAGUUUCCAAAGGGAACAGAUGCUACCAUGCUGAACAAGCUAAACUCCCAGCACAAAAUAAAUACCAAUCAUGCCCCCCCUAAGCACUGUCACAAGACCCAGUUUGGCAUUCAGCACUUUGCUGGCAUGGUGCACUAUGAAACUAAAGGUUUCCUGGAAAAAAACAGAGACAGCCUCCAGAGUGACAUCAUCCAGCUGGUACACUCUUCUAAAAACAAGUUCAUCAAGCAGAUCUUCCAAGCUGAUGUUGCUAUGGAUCACCAUGACAUGCAGUUGGAAACUGAAAGAGAUAAAGCAAUCACUGACAAGGUCAUUCUUAUCCAGAAGGCAGUGAGGGGCAUGAGGGAGAGAGCAAACUUCCUGAAAGUUAAAUGAGCUGUGAUGGUAAUACAAAGGAUAUGGUGAGGCUACAUCUCUAGAAAACACUACACUUCUAUGCUUGUGGGCUUCUUGUGACUGCAGGCAUUGUACAGAUCGCAAAAGCUGUACCUGGCAUACCAAGUGGCCAGAACGCAAAUAACCCUGCUCCAGGCUCAGGGCCGUGGCUUCCUGCUGUGGAAGACGUUCUCCAAGUGCUUCUAUGCAGUCCUCACCAUCCAGGCUUACACAAGAGGAAUGACUGCACGUAGACUAUGCAAGCAUCUCAGACUGGAGAUGGAGCGCUGGCUAGAGGCCAAGGGGCAGCACUUAGCUGAGGAGGAGCGUCUGAGAUCACGCAGGGCUCAAGCAGAGGUAGAGAGGAAGCAUCAGGAGUGUCUGGCCCAGCUCAGCCCAGAGCAGGAUGAGGCCCGCAGGAAAAAGGAGCUGCUGAAGCAAAUGGAGAGAGAGAAACAGGAGGCGGUCAACGACUCCAACAUGGUGGACAAGAUGUUCGGAUUCCUGGGCAAUGCCAACUCUCUUCCCAACCUGGAGAGUGAAGCACCAGAUGGGUUUGAGGAUCUAGAGAAUUUUCCAAGACAGUAUGAGGAAGAUGACAUUGAUGAGGCUCUUCCUCUUCCUGAUGAUCAAGAGGAAGACCUAUCAGAGUAUAAGUUUGCAAAGUUUGCUGCAACUUACUUCCAGGGAAAUGCAAUACAUACUUAUGUGAGGUGACCACUGAAGCAACCCCUGCUGUUUCAUGAGGAUGAAGGAGAUCAGCUAGCAGCUCUGGCUGUGUGGAUCACAGUGUUGAGGUUUAUGGGAGAUCUACCUGAACCCAAAAACCAUAUCAGUAUUAGUGACAGCAGUAAGAAGAUUCCAGUUAUGACUUAAAUCUAUGAGACGUUGGGAAAGCAGACCUAUAAAAGGGAGCUGCAGGCCCUGCAGGGAGAUGAGGAGGUGAGACUUUCCACUACUGACAUCCAGAAGAGGAACAGUGCAAGGCAUAAGCUGGUGUCCCUCACAUUGAAGAAGAAACCCAAGCUCACAGAGGUGACCAGACGGCUAAUGGACAGCGAUUACAGCCUACGGGGAAAUAGCAUGCUGGAAGAUAGGCCCACCUCCAAUUUAGAGAAACUCCACUUUAUCACUGGCAAUGGCAUUUUACGCCCUGCUCUUAGAGAUGAGGUCUACUGUCAGAUCUAUAAGAAGCUGAGCCAGAUCCCAUCCAAAAGCAGUCAUGCCCGUGGCUGGAUUCUGCUGUCCCUCUGUGUGGGCUUCUUUGCGCCAUCUGAAAGAUUUGUUAAACAUCUGCGAACAUUCAAUAACAGUGUGCCCCUUGGUUAUGCACCUUACUGUGAAAAGAGACUGAGAAGAGCAUUUGUGAACAAGACAAGAACUCAGCCUCCUUCUUGGCUUGAGUUGCAGGCCACUAAAUCUUAGAAGCCCAUCAUUUUGCCGGUGACCUUCAUGGACUGCACCACUAAGACCCUGCUGACUGACUCUGCCACCACAGCAGAAGAGCUCAGCAAUGCUCUGUCAGACAAAAUUGGCCUGAAGGAUCGCUUUGGCUUCUCCCUAUAUGUAGCAAACAAAAAUGUGUCCGCCGGCAAAGAGUUACAUUUUGGUCUGUUCUCACCAAAAACUGAUUGGAUGGCUUUCUUUUUGGAGCUUAAAAUUUGGUUACCAUUCACUUGCAUUGUAUGGACAAACAGACAACAUAUCUCUAUUAAAAUAUCUUCGUUUGCAUUCCGUGGAAGAAAUCAUACGAGUUUGAGACAACUUAAAAGGCCUAGUCUUCCAAAGAAUGAUGUUAUAGUGGCAGUAAACUGGAUUGGAGUCUACUUUGUGGAUGAGCAGGAGCAGGUCCUUCUGGACCUUUCUUUUCCUGAAAUUACUGCAGUUUCCAGCAGCAGAGGAGGAAAGAUGCAAGGACAGAGCUUCACUCUGGCAAUUAUUAAAGGAGAUGAAUACACUUUCACAUCCAACAUUGCUGAAGACAUCUGGGACCUGGUUGUCACCUUUCUGGAGGGCCUCCGUUCAAGGUCAAAGUUUUUGGUGGCCAUGGUAGACAGCCAUUACCCUGCUGGACAGGACUCUUCAUUCCUGAGCUUCUCAAUUGGAGAUCUGAUCGUUCUGGAUGAGCACACUGGAGAAUAGGUGCUGACUUCAGGUUGGGCUCAUGGAGUCAAUGACAGAACUAAGAAGAGAGGAGGCUUCCCCGCAGACCACCAUAUGAUAUUGUGGUCAUAUAUGGGCGAUUAUCCCUCCAAGAGAAGCUGUUCCGUAAAUGAGCUAACUGAUCAGAUCUUUGAGGGAGCUCUGAAGGCUGAACCUCUGAAGGAUGAGAUCUUCUGCCAGAUCAUCAAGCAGCUGAGUGAGAAUCACGUGAAAAACGGAUCCAGAAAGUACCCUCCUCACCUUGUAGAAGUGGAGGCCAUUCAGCACAAAACUACCCAGAUCUUUCAUAAAAUGUACUUUCCUGAUGACACAAAUGAGACCUUUGAGGUUGAAUCAAGCACAAAAGCAAAAGAUUUCUGUCUGAACAUCACUGGCAGAAUUAUGCUCCAGUCCUCUGAGGGUUUCAGCUUGUUUGUGAAAUUAACUUUUCAUGUGAUAAGUGUUCCAGAAGGAGAUUUCUUAUUUGACUUUGUUCAACAUCUGACAGACUGGAUCAAAAAAGCCAGAGCUGUGAAAGAUGGCACAGUGCCUUCUCUGACCUAUCAGGUGUUUUUCAUGAAGAAACUGUGGACCAAUACAGUGCCAGUCAGAGAUCCCAUGGCUGACUCCAUUUUCCAUUACUAUCAGGAGCUCCCCAAGUACCUGCAUGGCUACCACAAGUGCUCUCUUGAAGAGGCGUUCCAGCUUGCUGCACCAAUUUACUGGGUGAAGUUUUAGGAGGACAAAUCACAGUUUUUCAGUCUCCACAAGAUGCUGAAAGAGUUUGUUCCUCAGGACCUGAUAUGAAAGCUCUCACCUGAAGACUUGAAACGGUUCAUGUCACAUACUAAUAAGCACGCAGGGAAAUCUCGAGAGGAAGCAAAAGUUAUGUUUCUAGAAAUCAUUUACAAUUUGCUUACUUUUGGAUCUGCCUUUUUUGAAGUCAAACAAUCCACAGAUCCAAAUUUCCCAGAAGUCCUCUUGAUAGCGAUCAACAAGCUUGGUGUAAGUCUGAUUGACCCAAAAACAAAAAAUAUUUUGGGGACGCAUCCCUUCACCAAAGUCUCUAACUGGAGUAGUGGACAUGCCUAUUUCCACAUCACCAUUGGUAAUCUGGUUAGAGGCAGCAAGCUGCUGUGCGAGACAUCAUUGGGAUACAAGAUGGAUGACCUUCUGAACUCUUACAUCAGCCAGAUGCUGACUACUAAGACCAAGCAACGCAGUUCACUUGGAAACAACAAGUAAAACUAAAUGUUUUCAAUGGUUUAUUUGUAGGCACACAUACACAGACACAGACACACAGUUUGAACAACCUCUAACUCUGUAUUCUGAAUUGCUGAAUGAAUUCAUACAUUCAUGCAAAAUCUAUGGAGAACUGGCAUAUUUAUAUGGUACUGCAGAGUUGGCACAGUUUUUCUCAUUAUUUCCUAGACACAUAAAACUGAUUCUGUUUUUAGUAUAAUUACUUUUGCAUACUGGAGCCUUAAUUGUCAAGCGUGAGUUUAAUUUAUAUUAUAGCAAUUCUCAGUCUUUUAAUGUCAAUGAAGAAUAUGUUUAAUUGACAAUCCGUUCAUUACAAUGAGUCCGUGACUUGAAGUAUAACAUUGAAAGGAUAACAGUUUGUCCUUAAUAAAAGUUACUGAUUUCAGCUAAUUAUUUAAUGUCUAAAUGAUUUGCACAUCUCAUUUUGCCAAUUAAAUACAUUAUGCAGAUUUAGAAAUUAAUAUUAGGUCAUGAUGCUUCCCUCAAAAACUAUGUCAUAUGAACUUACUUUUAUGUCAUUUUAAACCUUAAUUUCUCUAUUUGUUUUCCAAAAUAAUUGGCACAUGAAUGUUUUCCUUCAAUCAAUGAUUAUAGAAUUUAAUUAGGUGUAAAAAGAUCCUCACAUGGCUUGUUCUGAAUGUUAUUUCAGUAUGCAAUAUUGACUCUUCUUUCCCUUUGUAAAGACUUGACCAAGUAUUGCAGAGAUACGUUUUAAAAUGUGUUUUAUGAACUUUAAUUCUCUGUAAUAUGACUACAAUCAUUCUGUUUUCUGCACAAGAUACGUAGAUAUAAAUUAUUGAAUCUUUAGACUUUGUUCAAUUUAUUUAUUCAGUGUGUUGUUAUAAUACAUGAAUUUGUAGUUAUAAUUCUGGUCAUUCUAAUUUUUUUAAUUGGAAGCUGCUGUUUAUAAAUAAAACAAUAAUGUCCAUUAGAUGGC